UACGGGUUUACUGGUUUUACACAAACUCGAUUAGAUCUGACUCGUUACCGUUUAACCCGACACGAUUGACACACUUACCAUUGGCCCCACUGAAUUUCGAGUCUGACUUAUUUUGUCUUUACUAUUACUUUUUGGCCUUUUGUUGCACUUUGAAGCCACGAUGGUCUAUUCGCUCCAAGUAAUCUGCUACCGACUAAUCUACAUCAUUAGCACAUUCUAUCUUCUAAUGUUUCACCAAUUGCAAUGGUAGAAUAAAUUAUUGCUUAUUAGUCCUGAUUUUUCAAAGCUUUUGGUGAGUUCCAUUCGCAUAGUUUGGUUCCCAUGUUUCUCAUUGUUGAAGUUCAUUUGUAUCGUAACUAUUUUCUUCUUGUGAUUGCAAGAAAUUUUUUUGGGUUGGACCUGGGUAAAGUAGGCCUAAGCCGUUACUUGGACGAGUUAUUGGCGGCUUCGGUUAUAUAUAUACAAUUUCAUUUAAAAAGUUUGCAAUAUAGUAUUUUUGAAUUUAAAGUAGCGUAAAAAUAGACAAAAAGUAAAUAAUGAAUAAUUUUAUUUAAAUAAAAUAGAAUCACAUAUUACCACCAAACUUUCAAAAUUUUAAUGGUCAAUUUUUUUUCAAACAAUUGGGUGGAAGGGCGGGCUGGCUCUUGGGCCGGGUUUGAACGGGUUUUGGUGUGCAGGCUCUUCAGUCGGAUUUCGGGCCGAGUAAUGGGUUUGGAGGCAAACCCAAGUCCUUUCUUGAAGGAUAUUGGGUUCGGGCUUAGAUGGGCCAGGUCUAUUUUUUCCGAGCCGGGUAACGGGACUCAUGGACUAACCCAACUCAUGGACACCCCUAAAUGCUUGUUUUAACAUUGUUGAUUGGUAUGUGCACAGAAAGCAUGGGAAGUGGCACAAGCCCCUUUCAAGAAUUUGUUCAUGAUGGGCUUCAUGAUGUGGAUGGCUGGAAGCACAGUUCAUUUGUUUAGUAUUGGUAUCACAUUUUCAGCUCUUUGGCAACCCCUAAGUGCCCUUCAAGGUGUUGGGAAAGUUUUUGAGCCUUACAAGGAUAGUAAAGUGGACCUCCUUGGGCCUAAAUUGGUGUUUAUCGCUCUUAACUUGGUGGGCCUAGGACUGGGUGUCUGGAAGCUUAACACAUUGGGUCUUCUUCCAACCCAUGCAUCAGACUGGGUUUCAUCCUUACCCCCAGCUCAGGUUUGAUUCUUUGUCUUUAACUAGCAUGUAGUAUUUUUUUUCAUUGGUACAGGAGUUUCCUCUGCUAUUUUGUAAACAAUUACAGAAAUACAGGUGACAUUUAAGUGGGAAAUGAUGAACUUAUAGAUGUAUGCUGUAGGAGGAACUUUAGGAGCUCUAAGAAUGCUGGUGUAAGCUUUAAAUUUUGUGAGGCCUAAGUUUCCCUAUUUCUCACUUUUCUAAUGGAAUUUUAUGAAUGGUUUGAGUGAUGAGAACACAAUGCGAAAUAGAACUAAGUGAG